GAUUUCCUACUCGAAACUAUGAGUAUUAAUUAAUAAUACUCUCUUUCUCACUCCCACUUAAUUUGAUUUAUUCAAUGUUUUAUAUAUUUGUUGUUUGUAAUCUUUACUCAAACAUCUUCUUUUAAUUAUAUUCAUUUGGAUAGACUUUAAUCUCUCGUUCUUCUUUUCCUUUUCUUUUUUUAGGGAUAAUCUCAAUAAUUGAAAUCCCAACAUUUGGUUGAACAAACUUUUCCAAGUAACCAUCUGAUCCAGUCCAAUGGGUGAUUGUUUAUUUGCUUUGAGGAGGAAGCUUCUGGCUUAGUUUUAUGGUUCUGCCAUUAGGGGAGCAAUCAAUUAAUUUUUGCAAGACCGUCUUUUUUUAUUAUUCAAACUUUAUUUUCUUUGUAGAGCAGAACUAAGCAUCCUCAUCAUCAAUGGAGGAUUUUGUCGUGCCAAGGCUGUACAGCUGUUACAAGUGCCAGAACCAAGUAUCUCGUCAUGAUGAUAUAGUUUCUAAAGAUUUUCAGGCAAUGCAUGGCAGAGCCUUUCUGUUCUCCCAUGCCAUGAACGUAGUUCUGGGGCCCAAACAGGACAGGCAGCUUAUGACUGGUCUUCACACAGUAGCUGAUGUUUACUGCAAGGAUUGUGGAGAGGUUUUGGGAUGGAAGUAUGAGAAGGCUUAUGAGCAAUCUCAGAAGUACAAAGAAGGAAAAUUCAUUCUUGAAAAAUUCAAGAUUGUCAAGGAUAACUGGUAGUGGCAGCACUAGCACAUUUUUGUGGACUGCUUAUUUUUAUUGUCAAUACAUAUUUGUACAGUUUAUGUUGAAACUCAACUUUUCCCCCAUUGAAUUGUAAAUCAUUUAUUGGAAGGUGGGGAUUACAAUAGUCAUAUGUGAUGGUGGAAUUUUUCAUUUUUGAUGGGGCAGAAAACUGGUACCUCUUUAUAUGUU